CCGGGAGCGGGGCCGGUGUCACCGGCGGGCAGGACGCGCUCGUCCCUCGGCAGCGCUCAGCGCCAACUGCACCCUGCCGGCACCGCCCCGUGGCAGCGGAGCCUCGGCCCGUGAGCCAGAGGCUCUGUGGGAGCUCCGCGCAGCCUUAUCUCGCGUCCCUCGUGGCCCGGCUCCGCCUGCGGCUGUGCGCGGCGGGGAGGCGGUGGCCGCGAGCGGGGACCGUGACGCUGCAGCCGCACCAUGCUGCGCUUCCUUUGGGACAGCAUCUCCCUGCAGAUGCUCUUCGUCUUCCUCUUCGUCUUCCUGCUCGUCUCUGACUACAUGAAGAGGAGAAAGCCGAAGGAUUUCCCCCCCAGUCCUUUUGCCCUGCCAUUCCUGGGAAACGUGCAGUUUAUGAUUGCCAAAGACCCCAUGGCUGUGACACAGAAGAUUAUUGAAAAAUAUGGAGACAUCUUCAGCACACAUGUGGGCAGCAUGUCGUUUGUGAUCGUAAAUGGGCUGCAAAUGAUCAAGGAAGCCCUUGUAACCCAGGGAGAGAACUUCAUGGAUCGCCCAGAAUAUCCUGUGAAUACAGAACUCUUCAGCAAGUUGGGGCUGAUCUUCUCCAAUGGGCACCUGUGGAAGCAGCAGAGAAGGUUCACCUUGACCACCCUCCGAAACUUUGGCCUGGGGAAGAGGAGCCUGGAGGAGCGGAUCCAGGAGGAGUGCCGCUUCCUCACGGAUGCGUUCAGGGAUGAGCAGGGAAAUCCUUUCAACCCUCACUUUAAAAUCAACAAUGCUGUUUCAAACAUCAUCUGUUCCGUCACCUUUGGCAAUCGGUUUGAAUACCAUGAUGAGGACUUCCAAAAGUUGCUGCGGAUGAUGGAUGAGAAUGUUACCCUCCAAGGGAAGAUAAUGAGCCAGCUGUAUACAAUUUUUCCGUCCAUAAUAAAAUACUUGCCUGGAUCUCAUCAAACCGUUUUGAAAAAUGGGAAGCUCAUGAAAAGUUUUGUGUGUGAGAAGAUUAGCAAACAUAAGGAAGACCUGAACCCCACAGAGAGCCGAGACUUCAUCGACAGCUACCUGCAGGAGAUGGCCAAGCCCAAUGGCAGUGAUUUCUGUGAGGAUAACCUGGUAGAAUGCACUCUCGACCUGUUUUUUGCUGGGACUGAGACCACCUCCACAACCAUCCGCUGGGCCCUGCUGUAUAUGGCCAUAUAUCCAGACAUUCAAGCCCGUGUGCAAGCCGAGAUUGAUGCUGUCAUUGGGCAGACACGGCAGCCAGCCCUGGAGGACAGGAACAAGAUGCCGUACACCAACGCUGUCAUCCAUGAAGUGCAGAGGAAAGGCAACAUCAUCCCUUUCAACGUGCCGAGAGAGGCAAUGAAGGACACAGUCCUGGCUGGUUUCCGGGUGCCCAAGGGCACUAUUUUGAUCCCAAAUCUGUCCUCUGUGAUGUUUGACAAGAAGGAAUGGGAAACCCCUCACCUUUUUAACCCCGGGCAUUUCCUGAAGGACGGUCAGUUCUGGAAAAGGGAGGCUUUUAUGCCAUUUUCUAUAGGGAAGCGCGCCUGCCUGGGUGAGCUGCUGGCUCGCGCCGAGCUCUUCCUCUUCUUCACGGCUCUGCUCCAGAAAUUCACCUUCCAGGCUCCCCCGGACACCAUCCUCGACCUCAAAUUCAUUCUGGGCAUGACCUUGGCCCCGCGGCCCUACAAGAUCUGUGCAGUGCCUCGCUAGGGAGCACAGCCACUGCUCUCAGAAGGAGAACUCUCAGCUUUGGCACAGGCACAGUCUGAGUACUCAGCAGCCACCAUAGGCCAUGGUAAAAACCUACUUACAUGCUUUGUUGCUUUCUAAGCAAUUGCAGAAUAGUUUCUUUUUACAAGCAGAUCUUGCACACUGUUUCAGAUGAGAAAGAUGAUUGGUAUGUGAUGCACUGGGGCACUUCUGGGCUUGCAUGCCAGCACUGCCAGUGAAUGAGGAGCUCAGGACUUUCUUAAUUCCAUGCUAGAUGGCCAUACCUCACAGCUGGGGAUCAGUACUGGCAGAGAGCAACCCCUGAGCUCAUCUUACUAUACUGUAGAAGUAGUAAUUGCAAACAGUUCCUACUUUGAUCUUAGGAAAGCAAUUUGUCAAAAGAAAAAUACCACAAUGCCUUGUGACAUCUCCCUCUCUUGAGCAUUAAUAAAUCCCAACUGAAACA